GGGACGAAGGGCCGCUGCAGGACGUGUGUGAAGAGAGGGCGCCGGCUGCCCGGCCUCUGCCCCUGCAGGCCCCUGCCGCCAUGGCCCCGGAGGGAGGGGCCCUGCUGCUGCUCGCCCUGAGCCUGGGCCUGGGCCUGGCCAGCGCCCAGCAGACUCUGGAGGAGGUGCCGGUGCAGCCAGACUUUGACGCCCGGAAGGUGGAGGGACGCUGGCUCACCGCCCGGCUGGCCGCCAGCCACACACGCCUGGUGUCCCCUGAGGACCCCUUGAGACUGGCCCUCCAUUCCAUUGGGACCCGGGACCAGGACCUGGAGUUCGUCUUGUUCUGGAUGGGAGAGGGCGUGUGCAGAGGGGUCAACGUCACCGUCCACCCGACGCGGCUCCAAGGCCAGUACCAAGGCGCCCUCCAGGGAGGCGGCAGCAUCCUCGUCCGCUUCGUCAGCACCGACUACAGCAGCCUGGUUCUUUACGUCCGCUUCGAGGAUGGCGGCGGCGGCGGCGGCGGCGAGGUCACCAGCCUGUGGGCGCUGCUGGCCAGAAGAAUGCCCGGGGACCCCAGGUGGCUGGAGAAAUACCUGGAGUACGUCCGGAAAUUCCAGCUGCAAGAAGCACCUGUCUUCAACCUGGACGCCCGGUGUCCCCCACCUGACGCCUAGGUGAGGGCCACCCCCAGGGCUCCCCUGUGUCCCCCCCCCCGCCGCUUGAGCACAUGCCUUCUGACCCCUCUGCUGCCCGAGGAGCCCUUCCUGCCUGGGCCCGCCCCACCCUCACUGCCCGUCCCUCGCUGUGGUCACCAGGCCUGCCCACCAGUGACUGAGGGGCCCACAGGCUGGAGAGCACUCUGGGCGGUGAGGACGGGCAGGUGGCCUGGAGCACAGCACUGCGGCCCAGCGGACGAGCCGCGGUGACCCUGUGAGGGGACAGCGACCCUGUGAGGAGCCAGGCUGGCACUCCUUGGACCUGCCUCGCCCGGGUCCUGCCCUGGGACAGUCCCUGCCCAGGUCAGAGGGGCACCGAGUGACCGUGCUCCCCAGAAGAGCGAGGUAAACACAGGCCCGCAUACCUGCACGCAGGUGAGCUGAGACAGGCCACCCACCCCACCCCCAGCGGUCAGGCCUACAAAGGCGGUGCUGGAUGGAGGGCGCCCAUCUCUGCCCGGGGAGCCGGGGGCCGCCCAUGGGCCGGGAAGGCUCGGGAAACUGGGUCAGGGCCUCCACACCGCAGUCUGGGAACGCCGGGGAGACAGGUGCGACCGGCUCCUGCCCCGGACACACCCUCCGCAGGGCCAGGCUCCCGGGCGCCCGGCGGGGCCGCACCUGCGCCUGAGCGGGGCGGCGAGGAGCGGCUGCUCCCGGCCCGGCAGCUCGCUCCGAGCCAGCAAACCCGAGGAGACACGCGUAAGGGACACGCGCUCACACGAUUAGCUCGAAACCUGCGGACUUUGUGUGGACAAGACGUCACACAUCCUCGCGCCGGGACACGGAAGACGACGAGGAGGAGGGCAUAGACCCGCGGCAUUGCUGCGGGGCCGUCUGCACCGUGAACGCCUAACGGUCCUCGCACUCACCUGCACCCCAAGCCGCACACCUGGACCUCGGCUCCCCGCCAGGAAAUAAACGCUUUGAAGCAUUUUACACAGGAGUCACGCAAACGCAUCCGUGGUGGGCACUGGGCGGGCGUGGGCAGAGCAGGGGCUGUGGGCCGGGUGCGGGGGUCACCGGGCAGGAGUCCUGGGCGCCCAGUAACGGGCAGAACCGUGAGGCCCGGCGGGGCCGUGUCCUCCGGCAGCGGCCCUCGGAGAGCACGUCUGGGCCUCGGCUAGGCUCCAGCUCCAGAACCAGAGAAGUGCCAGAGCUGGGCGAAGGGGCACCAGGGCCGCCUCGGGGCAGCUGCGGUGGCCAGGGACCCCCUGCCCGGUGCCGACCAAUCAGCGGAGACCAGACCCCGAGGAGACACAGGGGAAGCUGAUGAACGUUCAUUGGGUCCCCCGGAUACCAGCCCACCCAGCGCCCCUCCC